AUGGACUUUCGCGGCGACCGGCAGCGGUUGGGGUUCCGCGGUGGCCUGUGCGAGCUGCCGCAUGACAUACUCUCACACGCACUCUCGCACGUCGUCGUGCGCGGCGGCUGUGCUGCUGCGGGCCGCCUAAGGCAGGCAUGCUCCUUCUUUGCGUCCCGAGGCGGCAGCUUGGCAAUGGAGCAGGGCUGCCGGAGUGUCGUGGCAGCCCGGUGGGGGGUGAGCGAGUGGGAGGCGGAGGGCCGUCGCGGACGCGCCGCCACGAGGCCUGUGCUUGAAGUGCGCGACGGGGCCUGGCGGCGCGGCGACUGGGUUCUCACCGCGGCGUACGCGGUCGACUUGCCGCUCGCAGUCUCUCGCUUUGUAGAGGCGCGGCGGCGGGUGCAGGAGCUGCCACCUGGGACGGCGGACUACGAGGACAAGGCGGUCAGCCUCGCUCUGCUCCGCGCGGACGCCGCCGAGGCGCGCGCGCUGCUGCCCGAAGGCUUCGACGUCUCACCGCCCGAGCGGGACUACCCGAGCAAGGACCCGAUCGGCACGACCGGGCCCGCCCUCCUCACACACCACCUCUUGAUGGCGCUGCUGCCCUCGGAGAAGGCAGCGCGCUGUUGGGACGCUAGCUGCUCGCUGAGCGAGGUGCUGCUGCACGCUUGCACCACAUGCAACUCGCCGACCCGUCACACGGCGAGGCCUACGCACCUCUUCGUCGACUUUCAGAUGCGCGUGCGAGAGAUGGCCGAGACGGCCGCCGUCGUCCCGCCGCCGCCGCCCCUCCCGGCAGAGCUGCGCGCCGCGCUACUCGAGGCGCCGCAGGGCAGAGAGAGACAGAGGGAGCGAGAGGCGCCGCUGGAUGCCAAGUUCCGCUCGGUGCAGCUCGGCUGCCGCACCCUCCGGCUCCAGGCGCCGGCCGACGCGAACGGGUGGCAGCGCCUCUCCUGA